CUCCUCCUCCUCCUCCUCAUCCGUGCGGCUCGGCGCGGCCAUGGUGGACCCCGGUUCCAGCACGAUGACCAAGACCUUCCCGGUGCCUGAGAUCCAACCGCUGGACCGGUACGACUUCAACCGGGCCAAGACGUGCGCCAGCGUCCGGUGGCUGCUGUCGAAAUCCUACGGUUCUGCAGAGAAUGUUCCUGUCGAGUUACGGGAGCCUCUGUAUAAGGACCAGUAUGAACAGGAGCACCUUAAGCCGGCCGUCUCCAAGCUGCUUCUUUCUCCGGAGAUCUACUGCAGAGCUCAGGCCCUGCUGGCCCAGGCUAAGGGGGUCUCUGCCCCGGCGUCACAGGGGGCCCCGGCCGACAACUCGGCACUGCUGCAGUUCCUCAUUAAGAAAGGCUUCAGCCCAAAGAUCCAGGAUGUGGACGUGACAGAGGAAGACCUCAGCCAUGUUCCCAUCAGGACGAAAGCCCACCUGGCCCUCAUUGACUCGCUAAUGUCACUCGCUGCCAAAGAGACGGUGGGCAGUGUGAAGAUGGCGGAGGAGGCGGAGCAGAUGGGCGUUGGCGCUCCGUGGGAGAACGCUCUGCUGUUCUGGGUCAACAGGCUGAACCAGAAGUUGAGAGAAAGCACAGAAGAAGAAGACGGCCCCAAAUCGCAGCCUUGUACCGACCUGCAGCCUGUUCAGGACUCGCAGUGUCAGUCCACCCGUUGGUACUGGAAGCUAGUCCCCCAUGCUAUCGCUUUUUGUUUGAAGGAGUCGGGGAAUAAGCCGCCUGUGAUCCGCUACAGGAAGGACAAAGUGCAGUCGAAGCUGACUCCCACUUUCCCUCUGGUUUCUGCGGUCAAAGACCUGUCUAAUGGCUGUGCUAUUGCUGCUGUGUUGCAUUUCUACUGCCCCAGUCUGCUGCCUCUGGAGGAUGUGUGUCUGAAGGACACCAUGUCUGUGGCAGACAGUCUAUACAAUCUGCAGCUCAUCAAGGAGUUUUGUGAGAGUAGUUUGCAGAGCUGCUGUCCCCUCGCUGUGGAGGAUCUGCUCUACGCUCCACCAUUUCUGCAUCUGAACAUCAUGAGCUUCAUAGCUGAGCUGUUGGAAUGGUUUGAAGUCAAGAAACCUGAUUUUGUUAAGCCCCUACAGGCCGUCGACCUCACAGAUAUCUCAGGGUUACUCGACUGCACCAGUCCUGUCAGUGGGAACAGUAACAGUGGUUCUCCUUCCUUUAUAUUCAAACAACCCUUUGUGCCCAUCUCUUCCCCAGUGUCACCAGAGAACAAAAGUUGGGCAAAGAAACAAAUCAGUCGUCCUCUGUCAGCAGUGACUUUCAGCAUCCCAUUUGGGUUGGACAGUGAUGUUGACAUUGUCAUGGGCAACCCAAUAGAUUCUGUGUUUCGCUCUGUCAGCACUGAUAGCCUCACCACCGGCAUCCCUGCCAUGACCUCACCAGUGACGUCAUCAGGGAUGACUCGAGUUCCAUACAGCCCUCCAGAGGAUCUCAGCCAUCUUGUCAGUGCUUCAGCUCCAUCACAGCGUUCUUCCUGGGGCCCUUAUGCACACACAGCCCCCUUAGGAGAGUUGCCGACCAUUGAGGAGGCUCUGCAGGUCGUCCACACUCCUGGCACCAAGGAUCGGAAGAAGGGAAGGACAGCAGAGAAGGGCAGGAGGCCAGAACCGAGGCUGUGCCCAGAAGGAGCACCUGCUGGUUUCUUCCUACACUCCCCUGAGGAGGAGAACCCCCAGCUCAGUAGCUCUGCACCAGGACGCUCUGGUGUCCUGUACCGGCCAGUCGGAGGAGAAGUUGGAAACAUUGAAAGACAAGGAAGGGCAGAGAGGAGGGAGAGAUCAGGGCGCUCUUCUGAUAUGUCACGUGAUGAUGACUCUGUGUUACGGGAUGGUAGCGUCGACUCUUCAGAAGCUUCAGACGACGCACCUAGAAAUGCCCCUGGUAACAUUCGACCUGGCAAUGGUCGCCAUGACAACCACAACAGCAGCAGCAGCCCUCGCAUGACAAGCUUCGCAGAACGACGGGACAACAGGAGGCGACAUCCUGGUGCCACUGGAGAAGAGUCUGCCUCUGCCCCUACCCCGACAACCCCGGGAACUCCACAUACACCCUCAACUCCAGCAGGUGGACCAGGCCGGCAGGAAAGUCCAGGUCCUAGAGGUCCAGAACCGGGCUCUGAGGCCUGGGAGUUGGGGGCUCGUCUCGAGGAAAAACGCAAAAGCAUUGAAGCCCAAAAAAGACGCAUCGAAGCCAUCUUUGCUAAACAUAGACAAAGGCUUGGAAAAACUGCUUUCCUUCAGCUGAAACAAAGACAGCAAGGAGAAGGAGGUGGGGAGGCGGCUGCUGAGGAGGACAGUCUCAGUCUGGAGGAGAGACUCACACGCAUGGAGGAGCAGCUGAAACAGGAAGAGGAGAAGGAGGAGAAAGAAAAGACAGAGAAAGAAAAAGAUGACAAAGACAAACCCACUGUUUCCAAUCCUCCUCGCUUAGAGAAGCAAGUUACAUUCUCUAUAGAGAGUAAGAAAGGGGCAGAGAAAGAGAAAGGUGGAGAAACUGUGCUGGUGGAGUAUAAUGAAGUUGUGCAGAAACUGAGUGAAGCUCUGCAGUCACUACAGAAGGACAUGCAGAAACUUACAGAACAGCAACAGCAGCUCAUGGGCAACCAAAGACCAAAAAAUACACCCAAAAGUACUCCAAAAUCAGCAGCUAGAGGUACCACCAAAACACCACCCAGAACCCCUCCACACACCCCGACAAAGACUCCACCAAGAACUCCUACCAAGACUCCGACCAGGUCCACCACCAAAGCCUGGGUGAUUCCUGCUGGUCCCUCUGCCUCCUCCCCGUCACGCCGUUCUCAUACUAUCUCCUCAUCAGCUUCCCCAAAAAACAUCAUCUCGUCCUCCUGUCCUGCUCCUCGCACUAAGAUCCACUCCUCAUCCUCUACGCCCCGCAGCCCUAAACACCAUCCACGAACUCAACACCAGCCCCACCCACGCCCUUCUGAACUCAAGUUCCCUCCACUGAACCGUGUUUUAACACCAACCCAGAAUGUUGACACUCUGCCCCAUCUGCGUCGUGUGUCCCCCAGCAAGUGUCAAGUCCAAACCUCGUCUUCCUUCCGCAUCGGUGGGCCUCGGACUCCACAGGAGUCUCCUCAGCCUCUGCCACAGCCAGAGGAGAGUACAUCAGACACAGGCUCCAGUGAAACCCCCACCCAGUUCAGCUUGGAGCUGGAGGAGGUGGAGGCAGCAGCAGGGCCAGCUAUACUACUGCAGCCCACACAGGAUGGUCCAAAGCCUGGUGGAGGCAGCAGUUCAGGAGCCCCUUCCGAGUGCUCAUUUGAGAGCGAGACUUUGUCCCUUUCUGCUGCGUACAGUGCAGGAGGUGAUGGAGGAAGAGCUGCAGCAAAAUGCAGCCUGCUAGAGGUGUCAUUGUCAUCUGUGGGAGGACCAGAUGGAGGGAGUGAUGAACCAACAGAUGAAGGCCAGGAGUUUUCCUCUGACUCAAUGAGCGACCAUACAGAAUCUGCUGUGGAACCAGCAAGACCACCAGCUGCAGAAGCCCUUGAUCCCAUAGAGCAGCUGGAGAUGGCCACAGAAGCCAACAACGUGCCAGAACAACAGACUGAAUCCACUGUGGAACAAAGUGGAGACCAGAAUGAGCACGAGAUCAGAGGAGCAAUAGGAUUCUUUUUUAAGGAGGAGGAGGUUUGUAGUGAGGGAGAGAUGGCCCAGCGCAGAGCUUUGCUGUUGGAAAGACAACAGAAGAGAACAGAGGAACUGAAGAGGAGGAGACAGUGGAAUGAGCAAGAACGGGAAAACAGACUCACGUCUUCAGAAAAGAGAGCAGCAUCACCCUCCAACACACCACCUGCUGCAACCACCUCACCUUCUCCAACACCUCCCGCCACUCCGGCUCGCCGUGGAGAGUUCACACGAGUGGAAUAUGCCCGACGCCAGCAGCUGAGGAUCAUGGAUGACCUAGACAAAGUGCUGCGGCAGAAAUCAACCAACCAAGGACGAGGUUCUGUGAAGAAAACCCGGUCCAGGCCGCGGAGCAUGACCCGAGAGGAAACUAAGCUGUCUCUGAGUCCAGCCAAAGGAACGACAGGAUCAAAGUUGACCAAAGUCUACUCUCACUCCUCUCUCAACCUGGCACCAACAGAUGACACUGGAAACAGCGGUGGUCAGAGCGCUAAGAAACCACAGAGUCGUCCUGGUUCACCGGCAUGUGCCACGCCAAGCAGACUGGCAAAUCAGAAUGGAGAUAAGGACUGGGAAUCUGGUUCUAAUGGUACCUCCCCGGCACCAGAAUACACAGGCCCAAAACUCUUCAAAGAACCAAGCUUCAAGUCCAACAAAUUCAUCAUCCACAACGCUCUGUCCCGGUGCUGCUUGGCUGGGAAGGUCAACGAGACACAAAAGAGCAAGAUAGUUGAGGAGAUGGAGAAGAGUCCUGCCAACCACUUCCUCAUCCUCUUCCGUGACUCCAGCUGCCAGUUUCGAGGCGUCUACACCAUGAACCCUGACUCCCAGGAGCUCACACGAUUGGCUGGCGUUGGCCCACGGACAAUUAGCUCCACCCAGGUGGAAUCCAUCUACAAAUACAGCUCAGACAGGAAGCAAUUUAGUGCCAUUCCCUCAAAAACCAUGGGCAUGAGUGUAGAUGCCUUCACCAUUCCUGGCCACCUUUGGCAGGGAGGGGGAGGGGGUGGAGGCGGAAGCAGGAGGGCAAGCAUUACUAAGAAGGCAGUUACUUCCAAGUGAAAAACACAGGAGACACACUACUGAAGAAUAAUGCAGGAAAACACUACUGUCACUAGUCAAACAUGGAAUAUGUGCAGUUAUCCACAUGCACACUCAUUACCUCUGCUGCCCCUAGAUUUUACAAGAAAUGCAUCAGAUUUAAAGAGUGUUUAUACACCCCUUUAUGUGCAUGGAAAAUAAUAACAGCACAAGUUUCUUUUCUUAAGAAAGAAAACAGAUUCCCUCCUAUCUUGAGUGCACAGAGGAACAGUUUGUGAAAUGUCACUGCACAAGUGAGUUACUUUCAAAAAGUGUCAUUACUUAUAAUUUCAUUGUUUGAAGUAUAAACAGAAAAUGACGUUUUCUGUCAGAAGGACUCAUUCUCGCUUAUUGAAAAACUUAGAAUUUCAUAAGAUACAGUGACUGUACGUCUCCUCUCUGGUACAGUGGACUGAAGGCCAGUUUUAUAUGUAAAGUCAGACGACAGACAGAAUGCCUUCUGUCAGGACUUUUGUUUUGUAUGACUGUCAGCAGACGGAUCAAAUCACCUUUGUUUUGCAAAAUGAAAACAGCCAUAACCAUGUGCUGCUGAACUGUGUUAGUGAACUCUGUUUAUAGAGAAAUCAAAGAUCUGUAAAUGUGUCAGUGGUUUUCAGAGAUGAUCACCACAGCAUGAAUGGUUAUUUACUGUAUGUGGUAUAAGCCUUUUUCCAAUAAUUUUACAGUAAUAUAGAUGGAUGGGUAUGUGAGCCUCAGAUGCCAAGUAAGCAUUUUUUGUAAACUGAACUGAUUUGGGAAAACACCAACUGUCACACUGAACUUACAUAUGAAGGUUCUAUGUGCAAGAUUUAGGGGGAUUUAACUGCAGAAAUAGAAUUUAAUAUUCAUAACUAUGAGGUCAUUAGUGUAAAAUCACCUGAAAAUAGGAACUGGUGUGUUUCUGUUACAUUAAAUUCAAGCACCAACCUCCAGAGCAGAAAGAAGGAGCUAACAUGAAAGUGCCAAAAAUACAGGAAACAUAAAAAGUAAGUCAAACCCAGAGACCCUAUGACGUUGAAAUGCCUAACUUUACAGCAAAAAUAAACACGUUUACAGUCUAGAAAAAUGGUUUUGGUCUCUGUAGCUAAUUUACUUCUUCCGGACUGUAUGGGGAUGAGGAUUUAUAUAAUACUCAUCUGUUUAAAUGAUAUUAAAGGUAUGCAUAAUGAAGGCCGUGGCCGCUUUGAUUGACAGAUGUCUGUAUAUGCUGUGUGGGCUGUGAUUGACAGCUAACUCGACAUCUCUGUCGGACAUUGGGAGCUUCUGUUUAUUAAAUAAAACAUUUUUUUUUCCUGACAGAUAACUCUGCUGUCAUUGUGGUUGAGAGGUUGGACCAUCCACACUCAGAGGAUUCUGUCAUGAAAUUUACAGGUAUUAAAGGUUCAACGUGUCAUAUUUAGUGACAUGUUCAAAACGAAAGUUUGCAGACUGCACCGCUACAUCCAGCCUUGGUUCUGUCCAUUCUGGACUUUUUAGUUAAGUGGACAAUAACUGGCGUACGUUCAAGUGCAUUAGUUGACUUUAAAAUGCCAUAACUCUGGAUAGCACCUACAGAAGAAGGAUGAAGAGGAAGUCUAUUUUGAGCUGCUUUAGAAAACUAGUGAUCUAACAUAGUGGAUUCUGUGAAGGAGACCCACUUCCUCUCUAUUGACUUUUGCAUGGCUUAAUUACCAUAUCUGGUUAGUUUGUAUAAUUAGCUAUAUUAGGUAAUGUUUGCAUUGAUUUUGGACUACAGUUUAUCAUCUUCCAGCCAGCCUGAUGAAAGGACCAGCUAGUGCUAAUUAGUGUGAUUAUACAUUACAGAAAGUUGACAUUACUAUUACACUGGUCUACAAAUAAAAUGUCUCCAGAAUAAAAGUUGGGAAACUUUACCAAGUUUCAGUCAAUCAGUCCAAAUGUUGGUUGGCUAUAGUUUCCAAGACACAGUCUUGGGUCAAAAUGUGAAAUAGUGUGAAUUAAUGAGAGAAUGGGUUUUACUCAAAGGGAAUGUUUGCGUCAGAGC